AUGACGCCCAGCCUCAGCGCCGACCUCAGUGGAAGGGCGCAGAAUGUGGAUGAAAACUACUUCAACAAGGUCGUUAAGAAGAGGGUUCACGACUCCGGGUUCACAAACUCCUCGAUUGUGGCCUUCGUCGAAAGGUUCGGUCUCUACAAUCGCGCCACUGAACGCUGGAGCAAGUUCGACGCCGUGUCCGACGUGGAUCUCUGUGUACUACUCCUCCAGAUAUUCAGAAAUGUUAUCAAAAGUUUUGGCAUUAAGAAACGUAACGUUAUAAAAACACAUUCCACGAAGCUGGGCGACGGCGACUGCUCCUGGAGAGGGUCAAAGGGGUCCAGCAUGAAGGGCAAGCCCCUCCCGGGUCGUCUCACCGAUAAGGUCUUACGACGCCUCGUACUCGAAGCGCACGGCAAACCGAUUUGGCAGCUCGAGACUCCGAAACAGUUCUUGGGCCUUUCGCGACGCGGUUGUUGUCUGUUUCCGGGCCAUCGUAAUUUGUGGGAUAAUGGCAUCCUUCACCGGGAUGUCAGUAUCAACAAUAUCCUCAUCAGAGAUGAUAAUGCAGAAGAAGGCUCCCGAGGGACACUUAUCGACCUAGACUUGGCGACUUGCUUCGGGCCUGACAUUAGGCUGCCCAACCCCGACAGUAGAACGGGUACGCUGGAGUAUCAAUCUAUCUUUAUCAUGAUGUCCGAAGAGGAAAAGGAAGAAAACCCACCCGCCGUUCUCCUGCCCCAUGACCAUCUCGACGACCUUGAAUCUUUCUUCUGGGUAUUCUGUCGUGUCUGCACGGGCUACGACCAACAAGGGUCCAAGGUCAAGUGCCCAACCAUCGAGAGGUGGGAGAGCGAACACCUCAUCGUCCGACUGUACAGACGGACGUUCCUGUCAAUGGACGCCGAGUGGCUGCAGCACAAUGAAGUCGUGCACAACUUUGGCGCUGUAUUAGUUGCCGGUCUCGUACCAGGAGAUGAACGUACUCGCGAAGGAGCACUAUGCGAGAUUUUGGAGUUGUUGGAAAAGGUGCUCAUGAAUUUGGCAAAGGAGGAAGGAGAGGAGGAGAAGGAGAACGUACCACCACACACCGCAGCGUCAAUAUCUACCGCGCCAUCGCACCAACCAGCCCCCUUGUCAUCUCAUAAGUCCAGUCAUGCCGCCGGUGUGAAGCGAAAGUGCGAUCAGCGAGACGAACAUGACCCGGAUGCUACCGAAGAGGCCACGGACACGGUUGGAAACCGCCAGAUUGGCCGAGAAUGA